AAAGACUGGCUUAGAUUAUUUUUGAAAUUUUACUUGAAUAAAACGGCGUCUUCAUUAUUAUUCAGAUUUUAUUCAAACAAAAAGUGGGAAUUUAGAAUUGGUUCUCUCCUGGGCAAAUUUCAUGCGCUUCUCUACCAUCUUCCGCAACAUCAUCCCAAUCCAAUUCUCCAGUCCCCGGAGCUCCGUCAAGCUACUUCACUCUCUUCCUCGUCCAAAACCCAGAAACCCCACAACCUCCAAGCGAUUCUCCCAAAAACCCAAACUUGUGAAAACACAGAGCACACCAGAUCCAAGGGUUUACACAAGAGACAUUGUAUCCAACAUCUAUAACAUCCUCAAGUACUCCACUUGGGAAUCUGCUCAAGAACAGUUCCCACAUCUCGGUGUCAGAUGGGAUUCUCACAUUAUCAACCGUGUUUUGAAAGCUCAUCCUCCGAUGCAGAAAGCUUGGCUCUUUUUCAAUUGGGCUUCUCAAAUCAAGGGAUUCAAACACGACCACUUCACUUACACCACCAUGCUCGAUAUCUUCGGUGAAGCCGGUCGGAUUCAAUCCAUGUACUCUGUCUUUCACCUUAUGAAGGAGAAGGGUGUGUUGAUCGAUACGGUGACUUAUACAUCGCUGAUUCACUGGGUUUCAAGUUCCGGCGAUGUCGACGGAGCAAUGAGGCUGUGGGAGGAGAUGAGAGAUAAUGGGUGCGAACCUACCGUCGUGUCGUACACGGCUUACAUGAAGAUACUUUUCGCCGAUAGGAGGGUUGAAGAAGCCACGGAGGUGUAUAAGGACAUGUUACGGUCGCGAGUUUCUCCGAAUUGUCACACUUAUACGGUAUUGAUGGAGUAUCUUGUUGGCACAGGAAAAUGUGAGGAAGCCUUAGACAUUUUCUUUAAGAUGCAAGAAAUUGGGGUUCAGCCAGAUAAAGCAGCUUGCAAUAUUCUGAUAGCGAAAGCUUGUAAAUUCGGGGAAACAUCAUUCAUGGCUCGAAUUCUUGUAUACAUGAAAGAAAAUGGUGUUGUCCUUCGUUACCCUAUCUUUCUUGAGGCUUCAGAGACCCUGAAAGCCGCAGGCGAAAGUUAUGAUCUGUUACGGGAAGUCAACUCGCAUAUUUCCGCUGAAUCUUUGUGCUCCAAAGACAUCGAUGAGACUCCAACAGCCGAGGUUGAUGAUAGUAGAGUUAUCAGCUCCGUUCUCUUGAUGAAGCAGAAUCUGGUUGCAGUUGAUCUUAUACUUAACCAGAUGAGAGAUAGGAACAUAAAGUUGGAUUCUUUUGUUGUUUCAGCUAUCGUAGAAACAAACUGUGACCGUUGUAGAACAGAGGGAGCUUCAUUGGCUCUUGAGUACAGCUCGAAAAUGGGAAUUCAUCUCGAGAAGUCAGCGUAUCUUGCAUUAAUUGGUAAUUUUCUGAGAUCAAACGAGCUUCCUAAAGUGAUUGAAGUGGUCACGGAAAUGCUAAAAGCCCAACACUCGCUUGGUUGUUACCAAGGAGCAAUGUUGAUCCACAGGCUGGGGUUUGGGAGAAGACCUCGCUUAGCCGCAGAGGUUUUCGACUUACUUCCGGAUGAUCAAAAGGGUGUAGCUGCUUACACUGCACUGAUGGAUGUUUACAUCUCAGCAGGGAGUCCAGAGAAAGCAAUGAAGAUAUUAGGAGAGAUGAGAGAGCGAGAGAUAAUGCCUUCGCUGGGGACAUACAAUGUUCUGUUGUCUGGUCUUGAGAAAACCAGUGAUUUCCAGAGAGAAUCAGCGUCGUUGAGGAAGGAGAAGAGAAGUCUUUUUGCUUCUGCACGUUUCCGGGAAAAUGUUGAUGUUGAAGACAAAAUAUGUGAUCUUCUGUUUGCUACAAAUCUGUUAGAGAUGGCGAGAUCGUGCUCUAUCUGGACACCUGUUUUGAUCUCACUUUCUCCGAUUACCGGAGAAUCACCUAAAUUUUCCCGGCGCCGGGUGAUUUUAGCCACAAGUGUAGGUUCUCCUCAGCCUUUACUUGAAGCAAACAUUAAGGAACCCCAGAAGCUUCAUGUCCUUGAUUCCAAAGAUGUUUCUAGAAGAAACACGAUGCUGUAUCUAGCGGCUGGAUUGCUUGGAGGGAUCAACAUUCUCCAUGGUGAAGCCGCAGAAGCUCGAGUAGGGAGAAAGGAGAACAGAAAAAAAGCACUGGAGAAGCUAAGGGCGAAAGCUAAAGAGUCAGAGCCCAACAACAACAAGUCAGGAAACCAAAAGAUAGAGAAAGAGUUAGAGAAAGAAGAAGUGUUUCCUCUACUUCCUCCACCUCUUGUCGUGGAAGCUAACUUGCUGCAAUAAGCUCUCUCUCUCUUUUGUUUACUUAGCUACACAAAUGUCAG